CAAAACGUAACGGAUGGUGCUGUGCGAGCCUUUGCAAGGAGAACCUUUACCCCAGAGGCCAAAUUAAGUGUUGUCUUUAUGGAUGACUUCAAUCAAGCGGAGGGUGCAGUGGAUGAGGGUGGGCCUAAACGGGAGUUUUUCAGACUCCUUAUGGUAGCUCUCAAGGAACGCUCUCUUUUUACAGGGCCACAGAAUAAUAAGAAUCUGUCUCUGGAUAGCCGUGCAUUACAGAGAGGUCUGUACCGAAUAUAUGGAAUAAUGAUUGCGGUGGCACUCGUGCAUGGAGGGUUGUUUCCUUCCUUCUUUUCUGAGAGGCUUUACCAAAACCUGUGCUCUAUUCCAUCAUCAUUACCCACUCUUGAAGAAAUCACUGAUCUGGAUUUGCAGUGGAAAUUAAAAAAGAUCAGUGAGGCAGAAGAUAUUACAGCAGCUAGGGAUGCCAUUAUGGAAGCUGCAGAUAGCCUAUCCUUGUCGGGGUUCCUGGGGCAUAUCACCACCAUGGAGGAACGGGACCAGUUAGUUCAGGCAGCCAUUACUUUCUAUGUGGAAGGAAGGACUGAAGAAGCCUUACUACAAUUUGCUGAAGGGCUAAGCACACUUGGCCUUCUGGACAUGAUGAAAAUUCAUCACAGCGCCUUCAAGACAGCAUUCUGUUCAUCUGAUAAGCCUCUAAAAGCUACAGACUUGAUGAUCUUGUUCCCCUCCUGGAAGCAAUCGGUGGCGACUGGAAACAAAAGUUGAAGGAUUCUGGAGAGACUUCCUUUUAGAUA